AUGGCCGCCGCCAUCAAAUCCGCUCUUCCUCUGGCGACAUCCACCGCGGGCGAUCAUCGAGGGCGAGAUCAAGAUCAGGAUCAAGGCUCGCUCAAGCCGAUCCCCUCCCACAGCAUCCAGCGGAAGCAGGUUGCCUUGCCGCCGCUGCUCCCCAACAGCGCGAGGCUGCGGGACGCGCCCGUGUCCCCCGUCAGGGUAAACCUCCACCCGGACAAUUGGGCCCAGCCGUCCAACGCAGACAUCGAGCUCGCGCAACCGCAGCGGCUGCAGCUGCACGACGACGACUUCGACGACGACGGCGACCCGCAAUCUUCGCCCGCGCGGCCCUCGCUGUCAAUGUCAACGGCCCGUCAGUCUGCUUUGGCGGGGGGGGAGUCAAGCCACGCGCCGUUGAAUCUUAAGCUCUCGCCAACGUCGGCCACCGGUGCCGGUCGAUACGAUGCAACGGUCCUUAGCCCGCAUGGCCACGUUAGCCCCGAAGGUCGGGUUAGCCCAGGGGCGUUCCGAAGUAGCCGAGAGUCGGAUGAGUCUGCGAGCACCACCCACCAGCCAACGUCGGUUCAAUCGUCGGCCGCCACCAGCACGAGCUCUGUCUCCGGCCUCAACGAGCAUGCCGAAUGCCCGCCCGCCGAGGAGUCGCCGGGGAGCUCCAUACUCGACGGCCGCCUGCCGCCCCGAAACCAAUCGAUCCCGCAGUUCCAGUACCAGCAGGACUUCCCCGAGCGCGUGAGCAGCGUCCCCGGCAGCGACGUGGCCCGAUCGACGUCCAACCCGGACCUGCUCGACAACGCCGCGCACAUCAGGCGCCACCUGACGCCGACGUCCAGCUACUUCCGACGGAGCUCUCUCCCCCGGCCUCAAUCGUCCUACUCGAGCUACUCCGACGUCGGUUCCCGGGGCCGGUCCCCCAACCUCAUGCCGGGGGGAGGCUCCCACAUGCGGGCGCCCUCGGUACAGUCGCGGAAGUCUCCCGACGUCCGGCUCUCGACGUACGCCGAGCUCCUCAACGUGCCCUACCCGCAGCAGGCGCCGGCCCCUCUGCCCCUCGACAACUCGAACCUGCGGACCGUCGUGGGCAACAAUGCGUCGCUGCUCAGCUCGCAGAAGACGCUGGAGAUGUACCGGCAAAACGUCAAGAAGACCAACGACUUCUCCAUCCAGUACUCCUUCGCCGUCUUCCUCAUCACCGCCGCCCAGGAGCAGGGCCUCGACGUCUCGGACCCCAAGGCGCGCAAGGCCAGCGCCGCCGCCGCGCCCCUCCGCGACCUCGACAGCCCCGUCGUCGAGGGCUCCGUCGCGAGCCCGUACGAGCUCGUGCGCGAGGCCCGCCAGAUCCUCCAGCGGCUCGCCAACGGAGGCUACCCCUUUGCCCAGUACUACCUCGCCGACGGCUACGCCUCGGGCCUCUUCAGCAAGGGCAAGGAGGACUACGGCUCGGCCUUUCCCCUCUUCGUCCUCGCCGCCAAGCACGGCCACGCCGAGUCGGCCUACCGCACCGCCCUCUGCUACGAGUUCGGUUGGGGCUGCCGCAAGGACCCGGCCAAGGCGGUCCAGUUCCUCCGCACCGCCGCCGCCAAGAGCCACCCGGGCGCCAUGACGCGCCUCGGCAAGGCCUGCCUGUCGGGCGACCUGGGCGAGAAGAGGUAUCGCGAGGGCAUCAAGUGGAUGAAGCUCGCGACCGAGGCGGCCGACACGCAGUACAACGCCGCCCCCUACCAGCUGGGCUGCCUGUACGAGACGGGCUACGGCGACGACAUCUUCCAGGACCAUAGCUACGCCGCCGAGCUGUUCACGCUCGCCGCCGACCUCGGCCACCCGGAGGCCAACUACCGCAUGGGCGACGCCUACGAGCAUGGCCUCCUCAGCUGCCCCAAGGACCCGGCCCUGAGCGUGCACUUCUACACGGGCGCCGCCGAGCGCGGCCACACGGCGGCCAUGAUGGGCCUCUGCGCCUGGUACAUGGUCGGCGCGGCCCCGAUACUGGAAAAGGACGAGGAGGAGGCGUACGAGUGGGCGCGCCGUUCGGCGGAUCAGGGCUUCGUCAAGGCGCAAUACGCCGUGGGGUACUUUACGGAAAUGGGAAUCGGCUGCCGCCGCGACAUCCUGGAGGCCAACGUCUGGUACGUCAAGGCGGCCGACGCGGGCGAUGCGAGGGCCAAGCAGCGCCUGGCCGUCAUCCAGGCGGCCGUCAGCGGCGAGGGCAACUCGACGGGUGUCACUUCGCCCCGCAGCGGCAAGGUGACGAAGCUUGCCAAGGACGACAAGGAAUGCGUCGUCAUGUGA